AUGGGCUUUGGCCUCAAUGAGCGCGACGAACUUCAACGUCAACUUCGCCGUUUAGAAGAUGAAUCGGCUCAGAAAAUAUCCAAUCUUACCACUCAAUUAGCUGCAGCCAAUCAGCAAAUUAAUGAACUUACAAGUCAACUACAUAAAGUGGAAUUGGAGAAACAGAGUUUGGACAAUAAAAUCUCUUCGCUCAGAUUCCCUACUUGUACCGCUAUUUCGCUUUAUUUAUUCAGUGCACAGGUCGAGAACCAAGCCAGUAAUAUCGAGGGAAAGGCGACAAACAUUAUCAAAUUGCGUGAAAUUGCUAGAAAAUAUCGUCAAGAGGCGGAAGUGCUUAAGCAGGAAAAAUCAAUGUCCACUUCUACAAGUCUGUUUUGA